UUCCGGUUCCUUGCCCCAUUCUCCCCUUGGUUGCUAUAGAUGCUGCCGGGUACGCCGGGGCCAUGUCUGACACUUGGAGCUCGAUCCAGGCUCACAAGAAGCAGCUGGACUCGCUGCGGGAGCGGCUGCAGCGGAGGCGCAAGCAGGAGCCUCUGGACCUCAGGAAUCCAGACCUGGUGCUCAGCCCUCCCUUCCGUAGUGACAGCCCAGUGCCUUCCUCCAUUACCCCCAGCACUGCCACAGAGCCAGGAGAUUUAGUGACUGACCCUGAAUUAGAGAAGAAGAUCCUCCAUCACCUUUCGGACCUGGGGCUGGCGCUGCCCACAGAUGCUUUAACUAUAUGCCAAGCCAUUUUCACGGCUGAAGAAGCCCCUGCCAACCAACGGAGUGUGGAGAGCCUCUUACAGAAAUUUGCUGCCCAGGAACUCAUUGAAGUGAAGCGUGGACUCCUCCAAGAUGAUGGCCAGCCCAUGCUGGUCACAUACGCCGACCACUCCAAGCUCUCAGCCAUGAUGGGGGCUGUGGCUGAGAAGAAGGGCUUGGCAGAAGGAGCAAAGAGGCGAGCAGAGCAGGACGCUGGUAUUUCCAUCUCUACUCCAGGAGCUUCUCCCUUGACUUUGGCCAGUUCUGAGCCUCUGAAAGAGCCACCCAAGAAGUCACGCAAACAGGCUUCGGACCUUGAUCUGGAGAUUGAAAGCCUGCUGAGCCAGCAAUCCACGAAGGAGCAGCAGAGCAAGAAGGUGAGUCAAGAAAUUCUGGAGCUGCUGAACACAACAACGGCCAAGGAACAGUCUAUCGUGGAAAAGUUUCGUUCGCGGGGCCGGGCCCAGGUCCAGGAGUUCUGCGAUUAUGGAACGAAGGAGGAGUGCAUGAAGGCCAGUGAUGCUGAGCGCCCCUGCCGAAAACUGCAUUUCCGCCGCAUCAUCAACAAGCACACAGACGAGUCCCUUGGUGACUGCUCCUUUCUCAACACCUGUUUCCACAUGGACACCUGCAAGUACGUGCACUAUGAGAUUGACGCCUGCACAGACCUGGAUGCUCCCUGCGGGCGGGAACUUCAUUCGGGCCAAGAGCUGGCACUGCCGCAAGCUGUGGGGAGAGAUUCCAGCGUGGACCGCCUCUUCCCCCCACAGUGGAUCUGUUGCGACAUUCGCUACCUUGAUGUGAGCAUCUUGGGCAAGUUCGCUGUGGUGAUGGCUGACCCACCCUGGGACAUCCACAUGGAACUUCCCUAUGGGACACUCACAGAUGACGAGAUGAGGCGUCUCAACAUCCCUGUGCUGCAAGACGAGGGGUUUCUCUUUCUCUGGGUCACGGGCCGAGCCAUGGAAUUAGGCCGCGAGUGUCUUAAUCUGUGGGGGUACGAACGAGUGGAUGAGAUCAUCUGGGUGAAAACCAACCAACUGCAGCGUAUUAUCCGGACAGGACGGACAGGCCAUUGGCUCAAUCAUGGCAAGGAGCACUGCUUGGUUGGGGUUAAAGGAAACCCCCAGGGCUUCAACAGAGGUCUCGACUGUGAUGUCAUUGUGGCAGAGGUUCGCUCCACUAGCCACAAGCCAGAUGAGAUUUACGGCAUGAUUGAGCGGCUUUCUCCAGGGACCCGCAAGAUCGAGCUCUUUGGACGACCUCACAAUGUGCAACCCAACUGGAUCACACUUGGCAACCAGCUGGAUGGGAUCCACUUGCUGGACCCUGAUGUGGUGGCUCAAUUCAAGCAACGUUACCCAGAUGGAAUUAUCUCAAAGCCCAAGAACAUGUAAAUGCGGAAAGAGAGACUGCAGUGGACCAAGAGAAGAGAGACUGCAAUGGACUCCCACUGUUUGUUUGAGGAUGAAAAUGGGAGGCAAUGCAAGAAGAAUGUAUAUUCUAAUCUUUAGGUUUUUCUUUAAUAAAAUUGGUGUUUUUCUAUAGCUGAAGACUAUAGAUUAGCAGAGACCUGCCAGAGGAAAUAUUUUCCUGCAGCUGUUUUCAUGAGCCCAGUUUGCUCCCAGGAACCCCAAAUGCAACGUGCAUUUGUACCAUACAGGGUGCUACUAUUUCUGUGGCAGAGUUCUCCAACCUGAUUCCCCCAGAUGCACUGGGGCUGCAUUUUCCAGGGAAGCUCCAGCUGAGAGCGGGGAGAUUGAUCUAACAAUAUUGCUGGGCAGUGUUGAUGGCCAAUAUGGACUAACUCCUGUCAGUAUUUCUCGGCUCAUCUGGUAACAAAAGGAAGAGGUUUUGCCCCGAUCUUGGAUUGUGAGUUUAGGGGUGACAAUCCUGGUGUUCCCCUUUUUAGUUCCAAGCUUGCUGAAGGGAGGAAAGGGAAAUUUAGCAUUAGGCCUCACCCUGAGGACCAAGGCACCUUGUUUAGGGAAGACUGCCCCAGAGCUCCCUACUGAAGGAUGGGAGAGAGAGGACCAUUAAGCAUUCAGUGUGCAGAGGGAAGAGACAAGCACUCUAGUUGGAGCUGGAAAUGGGAGUAUUCCAAGCUUACCUUGGAACAGCCACUAGGUGAAGAAGCAGGCCCUGUGCUGAACAGUUCCAGAGCUAAACAUGUCCCAGGCUUCUGCCCAAUUUGGGGAUCAGGGAUUAAACUCUCCUGUGGCAGUUCCGGUGUUGGGAGGAAAUCAACUGGCUGGGUUUACAUGUAGCCCCAAGCUAUUGUUUGUUUUUCAAGUUGUGGACUUUUCUACUGCCAAUUAUUACAGUCUUCUGGCCAUUUACAGUAUUAAUAAGAUGGUUUGGCUUAGCUUGGCAUGAUGUGUGAGCCCAGCUGCUCCCGCAAGCAAAGUAACAGGAGCCUUACCAACCCAGAUUUUAGCACUGGAGGUGCAGGCUGAACAAACUGAAGUGGAGAUGCUCACUGGGAAUUGCACUACCAAGUCCAUCGUGCUGUUUGCCGCUGCCACAGCCUCUCUUCCUGGACCAACCACCUCGACACCCACCAUGGAAACAGAUUCUCAGCACUU